AGCUCACACAGAUUACAAACGGUGUGGAGGGAGAGUGUGAACUUGGAAAGACUUGAACAACUUUUACUCCUCCUGUUGGAUCUCUUCUAUUUAAAUGGAUCUGAUCACUGGGAGCUUUUAGACACGGGGUUUCCACUCAGAGCAGAACGUGAGGAAGUUUUCAGGCUUUAGCAGUGUGUGCUUGUGUUAGGACUUAAGGAUUUGAUGUGUCCUGAGUGUAUGUGAGAGUGUAUGUGAGUGUUUGAGGGGGACAAUGUCAGGAAUAACUAGGAAAGGUUCUGGGAGACCCAGCUACUACUACAGGCUGCUGGGUCGAACCCGACUCCAGAGGCAACGCAGUCGCUCCAGGAGCAGGACCAGACCUGCAAAUAAGGACUCUCCUCCUGAUAGAGCAGGAAGGAGGCGGAGCAUGCCAGGCUCCGCCCCUGAGAAAACCCCAGCCACGAUGGAACCCACAGCUGCAGCCACGCCCUUUCGAGUUACAGGUUUCCUGAGUCGCAGGUUAAAGGGAUCAAUAAAGAGGACUAAGAGUCAGCCCAAGCUGGACAGGAACAGCAGUUUCAAACACAUCCUGCCUGGCUUCAGACCUGUAGAUAAUGACAGAUCUCAUCUGAUGCCAAGACUGAAAGAAUCGCGCUCUCACGAGUCGUUGCUCAGUCCCAGCAGUGCAGUGGAAGCUUUGGACCUCAGCAUGGAGGAGGAGGUCCUCAUCAAACCCGUACACAGCUCCAUCCUGGGUCAGGAUUACUGCUUUGAGGUGAGCACCUCAACAGGAAGUAAGUGUUUCUCAUGUCGCUCGGCUGCCGAGAGGGACAAAUGGAUGGAGAACCUCAGACGAGCCGUUCACCCAAACAAGGACAACAGCCGUCGGGUAGAGAACACCCUUCGACUGUGGGUGAUCGAAGCCAAAGACCUCCCGGCCAAGAAGAAGUACUUCUGUGAGCUGUGUCUGGAUGACUCCCUUUAUGCCCGUACCUCCUGCAAGCUGAAAGCAGACAAUGUCUUCUGGGGAGAGCACUUUGAGUUCACUAACCUGCCUGCUGUCCAAAACAUCACUGUCCACCUCUACAGGGACUCAGACAAGAAGAAGAAAAAAGACAAGAACAACUACGUGGGGCUGGUAAACAUCCCAGUAGAAAGUGUGACCAGUAGGCAACUUGUCGAGAAGUGGUACCCUGUUAGCACACCAAACCCAGGGAAAGGGAAGACGGCAGGACCUAUGAUCCGGGUAAAGGCCCGCUACCAAAGUAUGAACAUCCUUCCAAUGGAGAUGUAUAAGGAAUUUGCUGAAUACAUUACCAACAACUAUAUGCUGCUUUGCUCUGUGCUGGAACCAGCCAUCAGUGUGAAGAACAAAGAAGAGAUGGCUUGCGCCCUGGUACACAUACUGCAAAGCACUGGGAAAGCAAAGGACUUCCUGACGGACCUGAUGAUGUCUGAGGUGGACCGAUGCGGCGAGAACGAGCACUUGAUCUUUCGUGAGAACACACUGGGCACCAAAGCCAUUGAGGAGUAUCUCAAACUUGUGGGCCAGAAAUAUCUUCAGGAUGCACUGGGGGAGUUUAUAAAAGCUCUGUAUGAGUCAGAUGAAAAUUGUGAAGUGGACCCUUCGAAAUGUUCAGCCAGUGACCUCCCUGAACACCAGAGCAACCUGAAGAUGUGCUGCGAACUGGCUUUCUGCAAAAUCAUUAACUCCUACUGUGUUUUUCCACGAGAACUGAAAGAAGUCUUUGCAUCCUGGAGGCAGGAAUGCAGUAACCGCGGGCGUCCGGACAUCAGCGAGCGUCUGAUUAGUGCCUCAUUGUUUUUGCGUUUCCUGUGUCCGGCCAUCAUGUCUCCAUCCCUGUUUAACCUGACGCAGGAGUAUCCAGACGAACGCACGGCUCGUACGCUCACGCUCAUCGCUAAGGUCACACAGAACCUCGCCAACUUCGCCAAGUUCGGCAAUAAGGAGGAAUACAUGUCCUUCAUGAACCAGUUUUUGGAGCACGAGUGGACCAACAUGCAGCGCUUUCUACUCGAGAUCUCCAACCCCGAGACUAUCUCCAACACGGCCGGCUUCGAAGGCUACAUCGACCUUGGCCGUGAGCUCUCCACACUGCACUCCUUACUAGCUGAGGUCGUGUUUCAAAUGGAUCAGACUGCCACCAGUAAACUGGGUCCAUUACCCAGAAUCCUCAGAGAUGUUCACACAGCACUGACUAAUCCAGCAAGUGUUCAGGCAGCUGCGCCGUCUGAUAGCACUCCAUCCCCUCCGCCUGCUGGGUGCAGCGUCUCUAGUAGCCUGCAGAAAAUGACCAUGGACAGUGAUUUAUCAGGCCUGGUCGACUUCACCCGCCUCCCCUCACCAACUCCAGAGAACAAGGACCUGUUUUUCGUGACGCGUUCCUCAGGUGUCCAUGGCUCACCCGCCCGCAGCUCCAGCUACUCUGAGGCCAAUGAGCCUGAACUUGGCCUGUCCAAUGGCGCUAAAAGCCUAUCCUUGGUGGACUUACAGGAAGCCACCAGGUCCUUGGAACUCAUCCCAGUCUCACCAGAAGGUGCUGUUGAGAAGCACAUGGUGGCUUGGAACACCCGGACGCCUCAGUGCAACCCAUCUGGAGGCCCCACGCUUCAGAAGGUGGGGCAGAAGUCAACAAAUACAGCAGGAGAGGUGGUGCCAGGCAGGCCGGUUCAGCUCCUUGCCCCUCUGUCCUUCCAGAACCCUGUGUACCAGAUGGCAGCAGGAUUGCCUUUGUCUCCGAGAGUCGCAACUGGUGGAGACUCUGGCUCGGAAUGUCACAGCUCUCUCAGCUCGCACAGCAACAACGAGGAAGCUGGAUGUGGGAAACUCAGCUUCCUGAACCAAGGGGGUGGGGUCGGGGACGAGUUGAUCAGACGCUCUGGGGAGUUUUCAAGAAGGCAGCUCUCACUUACAGAAGCACAGCAUGGAGGAUGCCAAGCUGCAGUGCCACGGCAGAACAGCGCCGCUCCCCAGCGGCGAAUCGACCAACCACCACCACCCACGCAGGUUGCCAUCCCGCAUGGACGGACUCCUCCCAGCAUGCUGAGCUCUGCCCCUUACCCACGGCCCUCGAGCGGCAGUGCCGUUUCAUCAUCGCCUGAUUGGCCGGGGAGUGGUGCGAGACUCCGUCAACAGAGCUUGUCAUCCAAAGGGGACAGUCCUGAGACAAAACAGAGGUCACAGCACAAGGCCCCUUCCCCUGUGAUCCCCAGUGCGCUGGAUCGUACGGCUGCAUGGUUAAUGAAUGUGCCAUACUUAGAGCAGGACUCAGAGACAGAUCCACGCAGGGACGAUCAGGUGCUCAAUGAGAAGUAUCAGGCAGAGAUAUCUGUGCUGCAGGAUCAGCUUCGUGUGUGUGUGCAGCAGCUGGAGCAGUGUGAGGUUCGGCUGCACUCUCAGGACGAUCAGGCUCAGCAGCUGCUGCUUCAAUACCAGAACCGUCUGGAGGAAGCCGAGCAGAGACUCCACCGCCAGCAGGAGGACAAAGAGCUGCAGAUGAAGAGCAUCAUUAGUAGGUUGAUGUCUGUUGAAGAUGAGCUUAAGAAGGAUCAUUCUAACAUGCAGGCCAUAGUCGACUCCAAGCAGAAAAUUAUAGACGCACAGGAAAAGCGGAUAGCUUCUCUGGACGCGGCGAAUGCAAGGCUCAUGGGCGCUCUGUCUCAGCUGAAGGAGCGCUACAGCAUGCAGACACGCAACGGCAUCUCGCCCACGAACCCCACCAAGCUGCAGAUCACUGAGAACGGAGAGUUUCGCAACACCUCCAACUGCUGAAGCCAAAUUAGAGAAACGUUCACGUCUUAAUCCAGACGGGGACAGGAGACGAAACCAGACGUCACUGGAGGAGAAAGAGAAGCUACUUUUUUUUUUUGUUUGUUUUGACUACAUCUCUUAAGGAUGAAAAGAGGAACUGUUUUUAAAAAAAAUUCUAUUCUGGGACAAAGACACGAGUGAAACCUCAGACUUGUGGCUGUGACCUAGCAGAGUAGUGUCUGCUACUUCAGUUUAGGACAAACCACUAGAUGGAAAUGUUUAUCAACAACAAAACAAGAAGGACAUCCUGGUACCUCGCUUUAUCAAAUAUAGACACUACAAACUGGAUCCAAAUUACACCCAAAUCAUUUGAAAAGGUCACUGAUUGAAGCAUCGAGUGUUACAGAAAUACCAAGCUUUCUCCUGCACUCUUUCUCCUACAAGGACUGGACUCUUCGGCCAAACGUAGUGCACUUUGUGAGCUAUUAACAUGAUAAGCCUUAAAAAAAAAUGAACUGCAGCUCCUUUAUCCCUUGAUCUGUGUCUGUAAGGUAAAGAGGCAGAAGUAUUAUUUAUUUUUAAAACCUAGCCAUGGCAAGAAAUGAACAGUUAAUUAUAUAUAUAAUGUAUAUUUACACACACAUACAUACAGACAGGCCAUAUUAAAGGGGGAAAAAAAUAUUGCAGAGUAAUUUUAAUACCAAAUGAUCCUAUAUAAUAUCAAUGACAAAAGAAUACUAUUAAUAUCUCGCCAAUUUAUCACUGAGAAUUCACCUCCUAAAGCAUCUAUAGCACUUUAUUCUGCUAGCUAUGCCAUUUCCUGUCGAAUAUUUCUACUCUGCAAUUUCACCUCCACAGAUAUAGUUCCCACUUUACGCAGUCGAUACUUCCCGAGACUCCAGACACCAAGUAUGCAGUCGGUUCCCGUUAUCACUAUACAUUAUUUAUUAGGCUUUAUGCUUAAAACAGCCUCCACAGACUUGUGAUGAUUUUCUUUUUUAAAAUUGAUUUUACUGUAACUUGCCAUGAAAGCAGUUAAAAAGUUAAUGAGCAUUAUUAAUAUUAACCUUAGCUUGGCAGCAGCCGCAACCAUGAGUUCGACCUCUGUGUGUUGCUUUGUUUGGUUCUCACUUCGGUGCCUGCUUUCUCAGAAGGCCGUGGUGUGUCUUUUUCUUUUUCUUUUUCUUUUUCUUUAUCUUUAUCUUUAUCUUUAUCUUUAUCUUUAUCUUUAUCUCCUCUCCUCUCCUCUCCUCUCCUCUCCUCUCCUCUCCUCUCCUCUCCUCUCCUCUCCUCUCCUCUCCUCUCCUCUCCUCUCCUCUCCUCUCCUCUCCUCUCCUCUCCUCUCCUCUCCUCUCCUCUCCUCUCCUCUCCUCUCCUCUCCUCUCCUCUCCUCUCCUCUCCUCUCCUCUCCUCUCCUCUCCUCUCCUCUCCUCUCCUCUCCUCUCCUCUCCUCUCCUCUCCUCUCCUCUCCUCUCCUCUCCUCUCCUCUCCUCUCCUCUCCUCUGUGUGGUGCCAGGUCUAGUCCGUACUCCUUCAGUGUAUCUAGAGCUUGUAUAUUUUUGUAUUCCUGUUCAUAACUGCUUACGGAGCCACAUGCAGGUAUUCGUGACAUGCACUGUGGUGAAAUGUGACGCUGAAGCUUUAAUUCAGUCGCCCCCCUCACACUCCCCAAAUAAUCUAGCGAUGCAAAGGGCCUUGGGAACUCCGAAAAUGCAAACGGUAUCGCUAUUUUUACAUGUUCUUAAAAAAGCUACGAAAGAAAUAAAAAACAGUCGGUCUGCUGUAGCAAGACAAGAGAGGUGUCCUGUAAAUAUUCUAUAAAAUAAAAUAUAUAUAAAAUAUAUAUAAGAAAUAUAUAUAUAUAUAUAUAUAUGAACUCCAACAUGCGUUCUGCUGAUAGGACUUAGAGUUUCCAUUUUCCUACAAUGUUACUGCUGUUUCAAUGCGAUGUGUCCAUUUAUUUUUGAUAUCCAGUCGUGAAUGCAGUUGGUCCCGCUGAUAUAUUAAUCUACAUUGUGCUCAUGCUGCGUAUGAUUUCUUUAUCCGGAGAGUUUACAGAAUAUACAGGAGAAGCACAAAAAACAUCAUCAUUUUAUUCUGCCCUGUUAAAUACACAUUAACUAUGCACUUUUAAAAAAAAAAAAAAAAAUUCAAUCCUCCUCGACUGAAAAGUACGAGAUGCGUCAUCAAGUAAGAUCAAGUCAGUCCCUCUCUACUUUUUGCAGAAAGCUAACAAGCUAACGUUUGGUGAAAUCCCAAGCACAGGAUUCUACUUUUAAACUCCUACCAGUGAAGACACAUAUACAAUGACUUACGAUAGCCGUACACACGUAUAGCGGAGACCGCUUUGGCAGAAUGCAUGUUGUGACGAUGUCACACGACGUGCCUUGGCCCAAAUCUGCAGAAAAAUUGGCAAUAAUUUCGAAACAUUACAAGCUUCUCAGAAUAUUGCAACGUUUGCUUAAAUACCGCGGUCAUUUUUGCCAUUACAAAAUCUUAAACUCUGGAGGGACUUCAAACAUAAGCAGAACUCAUGGUUCUACUAACUGCCCUAGAGCUGCUGUUUGGUGCUUGGACCCCUAAAUUUUCACCUACAAGCCAGCCAUAUUGUAGAAAUAAACAGCAAUCUUGAUUAAGAAAGUCUGAACCAUGUAGCAAAUCAGAAAGUGUGAUAAGAAUAAAAAAAAUUGAUUUCCUUUCAUUUUCUUUCCUUUUUGUGCCCACGUAAGAUGAAAAAAUGCUUCAAAUCAUUUGUGAGUGUGAACAGCCCCGAAAUGGAUUUUUAGCGUUCAUCAAUCCCGAAUACGUUUGGUGCUUUACUUCUUGAAAUCAUCCUGAUUUGUAGCCAGUGGCAUGUAAACUUUAAACCGUGCUUAAAACAUAUUUCAGUCGCUCACAUCCAACUGAAAUGUAGGCCUUUCCAAAACGACAAUCUCUUCUGAACAUCACCAUCAUCAUGCUAAGUGAUUACGUCAUCGUGUUGGUUCUUUAUAUGCCGUGCAGCACACACAAAAGUAUUCUCCACCAUCUCUAGGUCCUUCUACCUUUCACGCUCGUUCGUCAGAUAUCUGGGUGGCACUACACCUGUUCUCAGCAGUCGAUGUGGUAUAUAAGCUUUGUCGAAAAGAGACAUGAAUCUCUAACUGAAUAUGAGACUAUGUUAUAUGUUGUAUAAUCCUUGUAGAGAACCUUUUUUUGUAAGUAUGUUUAAAGUAUUGGCUUCUUUUGAGGACAACGAGAAACAAUAAUGUACAGAGAGAUAUGUCCAUGUUAAGAACUAUGAAAAUGUGGCUGUGCAAUUUAAAUGUACAUUGGCAACUAGGAUAAUUAAAGUUUUAUUUAGAUAUUUUAUA